GCAACAGCAAUAAAUUUUGGAAGCAUAUGGGGACCAUCUUGGAGAAUCAGAUGAGUCAUUACGAGAAUUUAUUGAACAUGCAUGGAGGGAAAGCCAUAAUCCCUGUCCCAUUUGACAGCUGGUAUAUACGAGUACUGAGGAAGGUGCGCCCUCAACAUUAUUAUAAUAAUUAUUAGAAUAAUAAUAACAACAGUAAUUUCGUUGAAAUAAGGCCCAAAAAAUAAAAAAGAAGACGAAACCACAAGGCAAAAGGAAAGAGUUGCCUUCAAUCCAAGAAAAAAACGAGGAAGAGCAAAGGGCUGCUAACGAUACGAGCAUAUGAUUUUUGGUUCAAAGGAAGGGUCUCCACUCAUGUAUCAUUCAAAAAGGAAGAUUCCCUUUUGCUGUCCUAAUUUUGGAGAGAUACGACGGAUUUACAAUAUUAAAAAUAGAAUUAACAAAGGGAAACAAACAUAGAUAUGACGGGAGUUUGAUGAUAGUCAUCUUCCGGAGAUAAAGAUAAAGUGGUUUUAACGUUACCCUACCCCACCAUGUGAUCUUUGGCUUUUUUUUGCCUAUUGUUUUUCCUCCUAACACGAAUAUUGAAUAUGAUAAAAUGGAAAAGUAGUAAGAAAAGGAAGGAUGCCAUGCCACCCAGAAAGCAUGAGCUUGGGAACCCUAUUUUUGACAGUGAGAGGAGUGCUUCUGUAUUUAAAAAAGUGGUAGCCGUCAUGGAUCCCACAGCGUCUAAUCCGCGUUUGAGAGCUGUGAGGUCGCCGUUGAUGAGUGAUCAUGAUGUUGGAGCUGAAACCUGUUGUUGGUGAUAAUGUGCAAGAGGCCAGGCUGUGGCUGAAAGUCUGAAACUGAUGAUUAAGCUUGUGUGGCCUUGUGGUUUUACUGUAUAUGAACCCUUUUUUGGUGUGGAAUAGAUUGGGACUUGAUCGGAAUUAUUGGUUCGGUGGAGAUUCAAGCAGCGAAAUGGAAGGCAAGGCAAUCGCUUAGAAUGAGAUAUAUAGACAAGAUUAUAUGUAUAGAGGAGAUAGAGACUAGAGAGGAACAUAUAUUCGACCAAGAGAAAAAAUUAGUUUAGUUUUAUUCCUUUUACGUUGGAACAAAUAAGGGAAAAAAAAUUAUAUUUGAGUCAUAUAGAUGUGAAAUAUACAAGGAAGAUGUGAUUUUUAGGAUAAUGACGCAUUUCCUCUAUAGUAAUUUAUGACAUCCUCAUGUGUACCUUUAAAAAUUGUCCUUAAUCGAAACACAAUGAUUUCCUUCCACUAACAAGGCAAAAAGUACAUUACAAAACCUUUAAAACUGUUCAUAGAUUGGGCAGGCCUGGGCCUACAAAGGCACUGAGAGCAAUUAUGUGUGAGUGGGUCCAACCUGUGGAGGAAAUUUGGGCCAACUCUACACCAUUUGCUUGGUCUGAUAUUUUGGAAAAGCGAAGGCUAGACUCAGCAUCUUUUUUAUGGUUUAAGAAGCUCCUAUUCUUAGUUCACUUGAUGCAAAAAGAUUGUGUUGAGAUUGAUUGGUCUAGGGCUUGUGCUUCUUAAACUGUUGUUCCUGCUUAGAAACCAUCAUCAUUGUCUUGAUCCAAUCCAAGAAGGAGGAUGUGUUAGACUGUUUGUUUAAUAAUGUUUGACAUGGUUUUGUUACAACUUACGACAUGAUAAGAAAACAAUUUGAAGAGGCAGCCCCCAAGAAACAGGUGCAAUUUUAUGCAAAACAAAUUUCACCCCCUAGUCGGGCUUGUUUGGUAUCGCGUUUGCUUACAGUAUUAAAUAAUACUUUUGGCUUCAAAGCAUUGCUAUAUGCAUAUCAAUAUGGUUCAAGAAUGUUUUGUGAUGGUAUGUUUUUUGAGUAUCAAAUCAUCCUCAUUUUUAUUUUAAAACUACUUUUCUGUGUUCAAAUACUCGUAAGCUAUAAACAUAGCGGCAAAUGAUUAAAUGGUGAUAGGGUUAGACGUUGUAGGAAACCAUCGGAAUGUUAUUAGCUGUGAUUUCAAAUUGGCGUUCUAAAGUAAAUCCUGCUGUAUGGUAGUCUCGGGCUGGCUCAAACACGACAUAAGGUAAACAAUGCCUAAGCCCAACAAUAAGAAUGUAAGACACAUUAGCCCAACAAAGAACGAAAACUUAAUUGAGCAAGGAUUCGAUCAAUCGAUGUGCGGAAGGGAGAAAACCUCCCAAAACCAGAUCAAGCUACAGGACGUAACCUUUGUGAUGCCACAGCCUACACACGUCCACACUGCAGUAGGCACGUCGAAAAUCAGCGCUGAUAGUCAUCCCUCCCCGUCAAACGCUCCUCUAUUCACUGCCCCUCACCCUCCCCUUACCCUGUUUUCUUCUCAUCUCAUUCUUCUACAAUCUUCUACUAGAAAGAAAAGCUUUAAUGGAUCUUGAUUGUACGAAGUUCCCGAUUCUGUCAUACAUCCUCUCCCAACAAGAUCCUUACACUUACCCAUCACUCCCUCCACAAACCCACCAGAAUUUGUUCACCCAUUUCCCCCGUUUAACUGACCCAAGAAUCCUAUCUUCACUCUCCCAAUCCAUCCCCCCCACGGUCACCCAAACCUACUUCGCCCUCCGCUCCCUGGGUCCUCGCCCCCACCCAUCAGCAGUCUCCUCGGCCCGAUCCAAGAUUGCCCAGAUACAAGAAAUUCAAUCUUCCUCACAGGAGGCCGAGAUAUACAAGGCGGUGCUCAGGUUGGAAGACAUGCACGAGGAUUACGAGAGACAGUUGACUGAGGUGGAGGAGAAUCUGGGUCGUGUUUACGGCUCGGUUGUGGAGGAAAUAGGAGGUGAAGAUGAAGUUGAUGAGGAAGUUGUGAGGAUAUUGAAAGAAGCUGAGAAUAGUGGGGUGGUUGAAAGAGUUGAGCUUUCUGGGAGACAGUUGAGGCUACUGCCUGAGGCUUUCGGGAAACUUCAUGGUUUGGUUUAUCUCAAUCUUUCCCAUAAUCAGUUAGAGAUCAUUCCUGAUUCAAUAGCUGGGCUAAAGAAACUUGAGGAGCUUGAUGUCUCUUCCAACCUUUUGCAAAUUCUACCUGACUCCAUUGGAUUGUUGCUUAAUCUGAGGGUCCUCAAUGUGUCGGCAAACAAGCUAAAUGCCCUCCCUGAAAGCAUUGCUGGAUGCAGUUCACUGGUGGAGUUGGAUGCAAGCUUUAACAACUUGACGUGUCUGCCAACAAACGUUGGGUAUGGACUCUUAAAUCUUGAAAAGCUCUCGAUCCAGCUGAAUAAGAUACGCUUCCUGCCGCCAUCAAUCUGUGAAAUGAGGUCCUUGAGAUAUCUGGAUGCUCAUUUCAAUGAGCUUCAUGGCCUGCCACAAGUGAUUGGGAGAAUGACAAGCCUUGAAGUCCUGAACCUGAGCAGUAAUUUCAAUGACUUUACAGACCUUCCUGCAACUGUUAGUGAUCUAAUUAAUCUCAGGGAACUUGAUCUUAGCAACAAUCAAAUCAGAGCUCUACCCUACACAUUUGGCCGCCUUGGAAAACUAUCAAAGCUCAAUUUGGACCAGAACCCACUCAUAGUGCCUCCAAUGGAGAUAGCAAAGGAGGGGGCUGAUGCUGUUAAAGAGUUCAUGUCAAAGAGGUGGCUCGAAAUAAUCACAGAGGAGCAAAGAAAAAUCACGCAAGAGGCAAACAAUGAGCAAGCUCAGACGGGGUGGUUGAGAUGGGGAACUUCAUUGGUGACUAACAUCGUCUCUGAGGUUUCGCAAAGUGUUGGAGGAUAUCUGAGCGGGCCAAAGACUCCUAGGGAUCCAUAUCUGGAUCAACAACUUUGAUUUCUUUUGCACUUUAAUUGUCUGGGAUGUGUAGUAUAAACAAGGGGUUCAGUAUGUCUGGAAUAAAUGAAUUUUGACUACAUUUUAUGGAAAUCAUUUCAGUUUAACAUA